AUGUCUGACGAACCGACGAGCGAUGUACUCAACGCCUUUGGCUUAACUGGCCCGCUGCGACUCAUGGAAGGAGGCAGAGAACCCGUGUAUGCGACCUCGGACGACUCUGCCGUCCUGAAGCGGGCGAAGGAGGACUGCCAGCGUUUCGUGGGCGAGGUGCUCGACCCCCUCCCCCAGAAUGGGUUCCGAUUGGCCCGCGCGCUGCGGCCAAAGGCUGGAGGAUGGACAUGCGACGGAUGGGGCGCGAACGAGCUGCUUCCUGGCAAGCCGAGGGAGAAACUGUCGACCGAAGACGUGGUGCGGGUCCUCAAGGCGGGCCAGGUGCUGCACGCGGCCACCGAGGGUGUGAAGCGCGAACUGGUACCGGUGGAGGAUCACGCGUGGGCGCGAGCCGAUGCCGCUGUCUGGGGCGAGGGCGAGGUCGCUGUCCCAGAACCGUGGAAGGCGCUCGUCAAUGCCCUGGUGGAUUUCACAAGAGACGAACCAGACCUCGGCCCCUCCCAGCUGAUCCACGGCGACUUGUCGGGAAACGUCCUUUUCGCGCCUGUCUCCGACUCCUCACCAUCUUCCUCUGGCUCUGGCCCGAGAUCCGCCGCCAAGCACUCCGGGAAAACCCCCGGAUGGUCAAAGCAGCAACAGCCAGACCCCGGAAUCAUCGACUUCUCGCCCUACUUCCGCCCAGCGGCUUAUGCGCUCGGCAUCGUGAUUGCAGACGCGCUACUGUGGCACGGACACGGCUCCGAAUUGCGCGGCACCGUGCAGCGGGCCGGCAUCUCUGUACCAGUCGGUGCGAUUGCGAGGGGGCUCUUGUUCCGGAUCUACACGGCUAUCGGAUUGAGGAGGGAGGGUGUUGAGGAGGAGAGCGAGAAGGAGGAGGUGGAGCGCUUCACGAUGGCGGCCAAGGCAAUGGGCCUUGGGUAUAGCUAUACUCUGUGA